AUGAAGAACUCUCUGCUCACAGCUGUCUUUUUACUUGCAACAAAUUCCUGCAGCUGCACGAGCUGGAACUCUUCGUUCUGCUGGCAGCUCCCAGACUGGGACAAUGAAUUGGUGUGCUACAGAGAAUUUAGUGAGGAUCUAACCUGUACCUGGCUGCCAGUACCUAGUGCUCCUAAUACAGUUAAUUAUACCAUAUUCUUAAAAUGGAACAAAAUACGAAAACUUUUUCAACGAAACACAUCAUCCCCUUACAUCACAAUUGAACGAAAGAAUCUCUACAUUGAGCGAUUUGCAUACAUUUGGAUAGCAGUGAAUUACGCUCAUGCCAGCUGUGUAAAAGGAAGGAACAUCUCAGUUUUACUAAGCAAAGCAGGGAAGUGCUUGACACCAUCUAACAUAAAUGCUCAUCAGAUCACAAACCAGUUGAUAAUAAAGUGGGACCCGCCCACAACCCCUACACCAUAUGAGCUGAGAUACAGAGAGACGCUCACAGAAUCCACUCAGUGGACGGUGGUGCCUGUAGAAAGCAAUGCUGUCAAUAUCACCAUUUUGAAUUUAAAUGCUGCGUCUUCAUACAUCGUUCAGCUCAGAUGCAUAGCCAACGGAGGUUUGAACUGUGUUUGUGUUUGGAGCAAAGAGAUUUUUGUCCCUCACAAACUCAUGAAUAAGCCAAGAAUAUCAUAUAAUGUAACUACGCAAAUCUCUCCAGGAAGAAGAAGUGUUCUUCUGAAGUGGGAGGUAACACAAAGUGAGAACAUCCUUGGAUAUUUUGUUAAUGUGGAAAGAAUACCCAACAGUUGCAGUGACUCACCAAAUCGCAUCUUUCUCAAUGACAGAAAAAUUCUUCUAAAUCUCUCCAUGGCUUACUAUAGAGUUAAUAUUUCUGCCCAUAAUGAAGCAGGAGAAUCUCCACAAGCCAUCUACAUUGUCCCAGAAUUCUCUGCAAUAGACUUACCUGGCCAAAUUCAUGUCAAACGCCAGGGAACUAAUGCCAUUGUCACCUGGACUCCAGAAUAUAAUCCAAAAUGUUUUGUGGUUGAUUGGGGCACUGGUAAAGAGGAUAUGCACAUGAAAAUAAUAACUACAGCUACUGGAAAUUUCACGCUAGAUAAUUUUCAGCCUUAUAAGCUGUACAAAAUAGUGGUACAUGCGUCUGAUGUGUGUCGGUGUGAAAGUUUCAUAAGGCAUGAAAAGACUUUUGGAGUGACGCACUUUUACUUUGUGGAAGGAGUUCCUAGGACAGGUCCCACUAAUGUGACAAUUCUAAAUAUCACCAAGCAUUCUGCACUUGUGAAGUGGAAUGAAAUAGCUGCUGAAGACCGUUUGGGCUUUCUCCGGGGAUACAGAAUCAGCUACACAGAUUCAUCAAGGAAAAAGUCUCUGGCUGUUACUCUCAAUUCUUCUACCACAAGUUACCAUCUUACUGGACUGAAGGAAAAAACCGUCUAUCGUGUGCAGAUUUCAGGAUUCACUGAUGCUGGAGAAGGACCUCUGACUCUAUCACAACCUUUCAGCACUCCAAAAUAUGAUAAAGGAUUUGAAGGUUUUGUGAUUGGCCUUUUCUUCAGCAUUACAUUCAUUCUGGUUUUUGCACCUCUCACUUGUUCUCUGGUGCUUCAAAGACUGAAAAUAUCAUGCUGGUUCAGUGUACCAAGCCCAAGAAACAGCAGUGCACUCCAAGAAAUGACUAACUGGAAACCUGUUUCAAGUUCACUGCUUCAGGCCCUGUCAGACAAUGACACCACCAGUCUUUUUGUUAUAGAGCAUGAGGCAAAGGCUCCUCUGAAGAUUGGUCUCUUUACAGAUGGUGGAGAAGACAGCACGUAUGACACCUGCCAGUCAGAAAAACCUAGCAAUAACAUAGACAUAAGCCAGAGGCAUGAAGAAAUCCCUGCAGAAGCAGUUACAAAUGAAGAAGGUAUCAUUUCCUUUACAGUACCACUCUUGAGUGACUACACCAGCAUGGAUUUCAGUCAGAAAGCCCUGAUGAGUCUGACAGUGAAGCUUCCUGAAAGAGCUGCUCAUCCCCAUCUGGAAAUGGAACUAAGCAGUAAGCCUGCACAAACUGUGCAUAAGGUAUUGUUUGCUCCCCAAGACUACCUCAAACAAAGCCAGGUAGUACUGUUGUCAUCUGGACCAACUUCCAUUGGACAAGUCAAUUUGAACUGAAGCCUCUUCAUAAUUUUCCAUACCAUAAAAUCAAGUUCCAAAACUUCUGAUACUUGACUAGGGUCAUUAGGAUUGUAUAGGACAGUGAGCUUGGGGCAAUAGUUGUCUCUACUUCAGUAAAAUUUCUUGGUGAGAUAGAUUGAUUACACAAUUAGAUUAGCUAUUUCGCCACAGUCAUUCUGUGGAAAGUCCUACCAUCUUAUAGGAAACUGUAGGAAAAACCUUCCAGUAAGGUACCUCUUGCUAGAUACUUAGUCCCAGGGCACUCAGGAGCCAUUCAAACUUCCACUCUAAGCACAGUGUUUUUGUUGUCGUCAUUAAAAUUCUUUAACUACUAUGACCAGUUUAAGAUCUGAUUUUCAGAUCUCAUAAGUUCUUCUUAAGUAAAAUUACAUCAUAAAUAAAAAAAAUCAGCAAAAGUAUCUACACUCCAAAGAAGCUCUCCAGCAGGUCAAAGUGGCCAAAGAAAACUGUAAAGCUUUGAAAUAAGGAAUUGAAAAUUAUGUUUAUCAAUCUGUUGAGUGUUUUACAUCUUAAGAUUUACAUUGUAGAUAAACAGUGUGUAAAUGAAGAUGCUGAUAGCUUUCAUUAAUAGUACUGGAGUUUUUACUUGCAUUAAAUUAAGGCUAUUUCUUCCUACAUUUAUCUAUACAUACAGAGAAACCCAUUCAUGAUGGGUUCUGGGAUGUAGUUCUAGAUAUGAUUUCACGCUGCAUGCAAUGACAGUAUCUGUUGAAUAGACUUCAAGAGCUGGAUAGAUAGUUCAGAUUGGAUGGAAGAGGAUAAAAGGGGGAUAAAAGGGUCUUUCUUAAUAUGCUUUCUAUGUGAUUCCAUCAUGUAUCUCCACAAUGCAAGGAAGUCUGAACCAUUUUUCUACCUUACAAGAACUUCUCAGUCAUGAACUCUAUAGGUAUUAAUGGUUUGCUGUUAUUUAAGAAAGCCUAGUUUUUUGUUGUCUCUAACUCAAGGAGCAUUUUAUUAAAAGUUGAUCAACUAUACUGUUAGCACCAGAGGUCCAUAAAUGGACAUUUUUUAAAAUUCUCUUAUUAAAAAUGAGGGACAAUUCACAUUCACACAAGUAUUUCCAUGCGUACUUGGCAGUAUGACUUACAGAAUAGCCAUACUUGCAAAAAGCUCAAAAAAAUUCCAUAUCCCCCACUUCAUUGAUUUAGUGAGGCCCUAUAACAAAACCUGUUUUAUUCACUUCUCUUAUUUAAAUUCACUCUUUCUUUAUUUAUGUAUCUCUAUAUCUGUUAGGACUGGCAGGAAUUAACCUGUCUUUCACUGUGAGUUGUGCACUGGGUUUUUUUCUUAAAACUUAGAAUUAAAUUAUUCUCCCACAAAACAAUGUACACCUUCUCACUCGUGUUUGGUAAAUCUGGUAAUUUAAAAAGUGGGUAACAGGAGCACUCCACAGAGACUGCAAAGGUUUGGACAGUCUUUUAAAUGUCUUUCUUCUUUUUUUAAAACUUCAAUCUGGUGACUUUGCCUGAUUUGAAUUUAGGAGAAUGCAAAUGAUUCUGCUAUCAGUGGAGCUAUUGUUACUUGUAAUAUUUAAUAGUGGGGUCGAAAUGAAAAACUGUUAAGGACAAUGAAGUCCCAGUAUAUAAUUACUAUCAAGUAGUCAUAAUUUGUCCAUUUCCCAAAUAUAAGAAUUAUCCACAGUCCUUACUUACAAUAUUUCUUUCAUUUCUGGUCAGAGCAACUUAUUUUCCUUGUGCAGUCGGCACUUUCAAUAGCUUACUCAUCCCUGUAAUUAUUGAAAUCUUUUUUUCUUACUCUGCGCCUUCCAAACCAGUACAUAUUCUGUUAUGGAUAAAGUAAAUAAGUAGAAUUAAACCUAAGAUUUGCAAACAGUUUCAGUACCUGAAGCAGCCUUCAUAUGUGAAACUCAAUAGACAGUUAGGGCUUUUGACCUAGUGAGCAUUAACUCCAUGAUAUUAGUCAUUGUCUGACAUCCUGCUAAAGAAAAUGUAUAUAUCAGGACAGAAGAAUUGUCCUAGAAGAACACAUGGCUCUCAAAUAGAAGAGAUGGACGUAUUGCACUUUCAGUUAUAAAGCUCACAGAAUAUGUAAUUCUUAACUGAUUUCAUUAGAGCAAUAUUUUAUAUAACGGCUAUAACCAGUACAUAUGGGAGAAUGAGAGAUACAUGAAAAACCCUGGUGUGAAGAUUAGAUAUAAACUAAGAACUCAUCCCAUCAUGAUGUAUUUUUUGAGAGCAAAGAAAGAACCUUUUAUGUGGAGAGAAAUAGAGGAGUACACUUGCUAAAUAGUUUCAUCCAGCCAAAAAGGACACUUUAUUGGAAUAAUGCACCUACUUAGAGACACGGGAUUAGGAGACAGGUUAGGGUAAAAUAGUUUUCUGUGGUUUGUUUUUUUGGUUGGUUCUUUUAUGGGGAUUAAUUGUACUGCCUGACCUCUUCGGGCAGUUUAAAAAGGUGUGUGCAUAACCGAUGUGACUGUACAGUGACUACAGAACCCUUCCUCUACUAAUAAACAUGUAAGAUAGUUCAUUCCAUGUGCUAGAGUACUAUUCAAGCAGUUUCAGUUGUGUUCUUAGCUUCAAUAGUCUCAGCUUCAAUACAUGUUAUACUAAGAGUGAAAUUGCAGGUAUGAAGACUCAAGAUCACAAAGCCCAAGGCAUUUCAUAGUUAUUUUUUUCCUUUCUUUUCCCAGUCAAAUAGCUCUAGAUGACCACUGUUAGCAUUAGAAUUUAGAUAUGAUAAAAGCUUAGACACUUAACUGCAGGUCUGGAGGCACAUAAGCAUAGUGAUUUAUAGCAUUGGGUAUUAUACUGCAAGGUUACAACGUGUUAGCAUUUUAUAUUUACAGAGAAAGGAAAGAAAAAAUCAGUCACUAAUACAGACUCUAAAAACAUGCACAAAGCAAAGGUA